GUGCUCCUAUGCGAGGCGGCGCUGAACUGGCGCCACGGAGGGGCCUUCAUCGGUUGCGACUCCGAUGCGCAGCAGCUGUCGGCUGCUGCCGCCAACGCUGCCGGCAUCCGCCGGGCGGCCCCGGUGGAGGUGCUGCGCGCGAACGCGGCCGUGGAAGGCGGGCUCCCGCUGCCCACCGCGUCGGUGCACAAGAUCCUUACGGAUCUUCCCUUCGGCAAGCAGUUUGGGACGCUGCGCGACAAUGAGGCCCUCUGGUAA